CAUCUAGGGAUAUCUAGAGGAAACAAUGGAGAAAAGCUUCCCACGCUCCCUCGUGGUGAAUUUCAAUUAAACUGCCGAAUAAUUUUUUACCUCAAGGAACACUUGAUUUUCCUCGAAUUCUAAGGGGAGACUUGACAAAUUCCAGUUGAAUAAUCUCAAAAUGUCAGGCCGUGAAGGUGGGAAAAAGAAGCCCCUGAAAGCCCCCAAGAAGGAAUCAAAAGAACUCGACGAAGACGACCUGGCAUUCAAACAAAAACAGAAGGAGGCACAGAAAGCCAUGGCCGAGGCAGCCAAGAAAGCAGGUCAGAAGGGCCCGCUCGUCACUGGUGGAAUUAAAAAAUCUGGAAAGAAGUAAUAAUUUUACCACUUCCCCGAUCUCUCAAUUGACAUACAAAUUUUUUAACCAAUAUUUUUAAGCUCUUGCACUCAAUGUAAUUCUCAGAUCGACACUUGAUAAUAAAUCCACGCAAGUGUUCAUUUGUAAAUAUAUAAUCAAUUGGACAA